UUUUUUUUUUUUUUUUUAUUGCAAGCAUAUAUCUUUUAAUGACUCCAGUAAAAUUAAGCAUCAAGUAAACAAAAGUGAAAAGCGACCUACUCUUUUAACUUGUCUCACUAGUGCCUAAAUGUAGUAAAGGCUGCUUAAGUUUCGUAUGUAGUUGGAUUUUUUUGGAGUCCGAAGGUAUCCAUCAGCAGACAUUGAGGCCCAAAUUGAAUUUGGAUUCAAGUGGAUUCUAAAUACUUCUGCUUAUCUUGAAGGGAGAAGCUUCUUAAAGAAUAAACAAGUUGAAUAGAGAAAACACUGAUCGAUAAUAGGCAUUUUAGUGGUCUUUUUAAUGUUUUCUGCUGUGAAACAUUUCAAGAUUUAUUGAUUUUUUUUUUUUCAUUUUCCCCAUCACACUCACACACGCACGCUCACACUUUUUAUUUGCCAUAAUGAACCGUCCAGCCCCUGUGGAGAUCUCCUAUGAGAACAUGCGUUUUCUUAUAACCCACAACCCUACCAAUGCUACCCUCAACAAGUUCACAGAGGAACUUAAGAAGUAUGGAGUGACAACUUUGGUUCGAGUUUGUGAUGCUACAUAUGAUAAAGCACCAGUUGAAAAAGAAGGAAUCCACGUUCUAGAUUGGCCUUUUGACGAUGGAGCGCCACCCCCUAAUCAGAUAGUUGACGAUUGGCUAAACCUACUAAAAACCAAAUUUCGUGAAGAGCCAGGUUGCUGUGUUGCAGUGCAUUGUGUUGCAGGACUGGGAAGGGCACCUGUGCUGGUCGCACUUGCUUUGAUUGAAUGUGGAAUGAAGUACGAAGAUGCAGUUCAGUUUAUAAGACAAAAAAGAAGGGGAGCAUUCAAUUCCAAACAGCUGCUUUACCUGGAGAAAUACCGACCUAAGAUGCGAUUACGCUUCAGAGAUACCAAUGGGCAUUGCUGCGUUCAGUAGAAAGAAAUGUAUACGAAGGCUGACUUGAUCGUGGCAUUUAGAGGGAACUCUUGGUACCUGGAAAUGUGAAUCUGGAAUCUUAACUGUGUCAUCAAAGUAGUGAUGGAUUCAGUACUCCUCAACCACUCUCCUAAUGAUUGGAAAAAAACAAACAAAAAAGAAAUCCCUCUAUAACGUGAAUAAAAUGUUUAAGAAAAGAAAAAGAGAAAGAAAAAAAGGAUUAAUUUAGUGAAGGAUGAUUUUGCUCCUAGUGUUGGAGUUUGAAUUUCUGCCAGGAUUGAAUUAUUUCAAAAUCUCCUGUCUUUUUAAACUUUCUCAAAAUAGGUCUCUAAGGAAAACCAGCAGAACGUUAGCCUCUGCAGAACCAUCUGUUUGGGGAGCACACUCUUCCAUUAUGCUUGGCACAUAGAUCUCCCUUUUGUGGAUUUCUUUCUUUCUUGGGGGCGGGGGGGGGGAGGCACGGUGUAUUUUUCCCUUCUUCUCACUUUCUUCUAUCCCUCUUUUUUCCCCUGAUACAAGUUGUAGGUGAAAUAGGAGAAGCCCAUGUUGCUGUAGAUGUGCGUGCAGUCUGGCAGCCUUAAGCCCACCUGGGCACUUUUAG